AUGGUAAGCGCUCCGACAUGUGUUCGCAAGCGAACCCUGGGCUUUAGCUGCAAGUUUCGGAACCUGGACAAAUUUUCUACCGACGUGGAGCAUUUUUUGCAAGAGUACGAAAACAUUGUACAACAUUCUGUGGCAUACCAUAGAAGCUUCCGGCGGAACCUCCAACGUUUGUACGAUGAUAUAGCGGCCUUGCUACAGAAGUUUGAGCACAUUCGCGGCAGUGGUUUGAAAGGGCAGUUGUACAUGGAAAAGUUCUGCUGCGGAGUUUUAUUUGAUGAUUGUGAGGAGCUUAAACGUCACUACUUUGAGUUUCAUAACCACGCCAGGCUUAUCCAUCCUAGUAUAGUAGAGCUGCGUUCUGGGAAUGGAAAGCUAAACUACUUUCAACGGCGAGUGAAGGAGUAUACAUUCUACGGCACGGAGUCGACCAGCGCGUUAGUGGUGGGUUUGAAAAAAAUUGCCAGCAACAUGCGCAGCACGUUGGAACACGGCCCAAAGUGGUGA